AUGUCGUUGUUCAAUCAGAUGAAGCUCAGCGUGGCAAAAGCGCUACAGUUCAGCACCGAUGGCAAUAUAUUCGAAAUCCCGGAAUGCGCUGUGCUCUCGACCACUGAUAAAAUUUCUAUCAAAGUGGCCAAUAUCACACAAAUGUACAUGCUUGCUCUUCGCAUUUCCGCUUCUCAUAAAAUCCAGAUCAAAGCAACGGUGGACUAUAUGGAGCACAACACAGCAAUUUUCAAUAUUCGGUUCCUGGUGCGAGACGAGAGGAGAAACAAGAAAACAGUGAUGUCCGCUGACUUGAGAUCCGGUAUGUUAAAAGAGGUACGAAUUCACAAUAACAAUGAUUUGCCACAAAACGAAAUGAUGUUGCGUCAUGGAAUUUGCAGCGGUUUUGAAGUGAAGAGUGCAAGCGGGGUACACGUGAUGGACGUCAAACUACCGAACAAUAACGCCACUUGCAUUGGCAAAAUUGUACACCCCUUCAACACCACUAUUUACAAGGUAACUGAUAUCAGGUGA